AUGUCCAGAAGACAUAGAGUCCCCUUCUCCAUAGGGAUUUACCGUGCCCGCGGAGACCCCACAGCCAACGCCAUCUUCAGCAGCCCCCCAAUCUACGACAUCAUCUACUCAAGCCUCGACCCAGGGGAUGCCAUCCGCCUCUCCAAAACCUGCUCAAAGGCCUACACCGCCUACUCAGAAUUCCGCAGCAGGGCGUACAACAUCGACAAACUCCUCACCCGGUUCUUCUCCCCAUCGAAGAUUGUAGAUUUCAGACACCUCCAAGCGAGGACAGCGACGCUGAUUUCGGGGUCGACGGCGGUGCAGUUUAUCGACAGAGUCGUGUACCCAGAGUCGGAUUUGGAUUUGUACACCCCCAGGCAGAACGCGCUGGAGGUGAGGAGGAGAGCGCAACAGAGGGUGGCCUCCCACGAAGAGGAUGACUAUGUUAAAGGAGAGGAUUAUAGGACGUGCGGUGUCUCAGCUGUCUACGAGUUUAGAAAGGGCGAGAAAGUCGUACAGGUCAUGGCAUCCAAACACAGCCCUUUCCACUCGAUUCUUUCGUUCCAUUCGACCUGCGUGAUGAACUUUAUCACCUACGAAGCCGCUUACUCCAUGUACCCCGCCGCAACGUUCAGCGCCCGCAUCGCCACUUCCAUGGACAGAAUCACCGACAAAGAAUUGGGCGCACUCGCCAAGUACGAGAGGCGCGGUUGGACCAUCACAACCAACGUCCAAUGGCAGCCCCAGAGCACCAAGAAACUCUUCCACCUCGACGAACCGCGUUGGGUAUUGGACAAGCACUGCCUUCGCAUUCCUCUCAAACGACUUAACAUCCCCCCUCGAAAAUUCACUCCUGGUUCCGUCGAGAUGAACUUUGACCCUGCCAUCUGUAACAGCUGGACAUUGUCGAGUGAGACCGAAGUCAACACCACCACCGGCAACUUUUUCGUUUCGAGCUUGUUCAAGUAUCGGUAUAUUUUUGCCGAUAGGGUACUGCUCUCGACUGUUUCCCGCUUCUUGAAGAAGCAGGGAGAACUGGAGUUUAGAAGAAUGCACGAGUUGGGUAUCGACGCUGAACAUGUACAGGAAAGCGACCAAUGGCAUUGGUGGGUAGUCCAUGAUAUUCGCUGUGUGUGA